AGCCGGGCCUGAUAUUGGCCGCCGGAGCCGGAGUCAAAACCGAAAGUCGCAAAGGUAACGUUGAAGACGUUGUAACCACUUAUUCAUUUGCUGCCAACAAUUCACGCAAAUCUACUGCGAUGGCGACUGCACUCAGUUCAAUCGCGACAAGCCCAUAUAGUGAUGCACGGAGCAGCACUGAUGUCCUGAUAUCGCUUUCAAUUUCCUUCCAGCUGUACCGAUUGUGAUGGCAAGCCAUGGUCUACAGGGGACCUAGCAAAGGAUGUCAGACUUGCCGGCGUCGGCGAGUCAAGUGCGACGAGGCUCGCCCGCAAUGUGGCAAUUGCAUCAAGCGGAAACAACAGUGUCCUGGCUACCGAGACUCAUUCGAUGCCGUGCACAAAGAUGAGACGUUGGCCACUUCUCUGAAGAACUCAUCGAAGAAGAGUCCCGGAACGGACGUUGUCGAUGAAACAAUCGCCUCGGAUUCAAACUAUGCCGGCUCGACUGCGCAACUUUCGACACCUUCACCCUCUCAAAGCGAUAGUCUAGUCAUGCUUGUCAGCCCGUCACGAAACGUAGAGACUGAAUGUCUGACAUACUUCUUCGCAAACUAUGUCGACAUCCCUCGAGACCCCAGCACCAACAUCUUUAUCGAGCACAUUCUCCCCCUUUACAUCAGCGCUCCUCUGGAAUCGGCCUUGACUCAUGCUGCCAACGCCGUAGCCAUAAAUGUCGCGCAGAUGUGGAUGCAAAGAGGCAUUGACUCCUCCCUAGCCCGAGAAAGCUAUGCCAAAGCUGUGAGCCUGGUCCAAUAUGCUUUGCAAGACCCAGUCCAGUCCAGGACUGAUGAUACACUGGCCGCAGUAUUCUUGCUUGACUUUUAUGAUUCUCUGAACAAACGCUUUGUAGGAUUCAUCGACACUGGCAUGCAUCAACAAGGAGCCAUGGCCCUUCUUCGACACAGAGGCAAAGAGAACUUCGAGAGUGCAACCUCCCGGCGCCUGUUCACCGCAUUGAGAAGUCGCCACAUCAAUUUCUCGCUGCAGGCGGGCAAGAAGGUGCAACUCGAUGGCGAUCUACUAGCCGAAGAGACUGCCCUUCUGCCUUCUGCAAAGCUCGACCUCAUCAACGCCGAACUCGCAGAUUUACAUGUCACCGUUCCCGACGGUCCCGAGGCCAUGGGUGUAGGAUUGGUCGAAUUCUACCAGACCAUCAUGCAGCAAGCGCUCGUGAUUGACGAAAAGUUACAAGCAUGGAGGGACUCACUUCCGGAGUCGUGGCGACCAGUCGCUAUUCCUGCAUCACAGCUCCAUCCGACAAUCAGAGCAGCUGGCGUCUAUGGGGAUACCGUUGACGUAUACACGUCGUUGACAGUUUCGCACAUCAACAAUGCUGCUCGAAGUUCCCACGUCGGCGCCCUUCGGCUCAUCUCAUUGUGCAGAAGGGAGCUAGAAGCACUCGGCGUUGAGGCUGAUCCUGAUCUAGGCCAAUACCUUCACACACAGAUGCAAGAGAUCGCGGAUCGUUUCUGCGCAUCAAUACCUUAUCACCUCGGGAAUCGAACUACGCUCACGUUUCCCCACGAACACCGCGAAUAUCCCCAUGUCCCCAUCGAGCUACGCCGCCUCGCAAAUUACGUCGACCCCUUUGGCAACCCCGUCGAGAUGACUCAGGAAGACCACAUUCGGGCCGCUGCUGCUAUUGGUGGAUGGUUUAUAAUGACACCGUUGAUGGGCUUUCUGAGGGCGCCGUUUCUAAGAUCGCGAAACGCCAUACCUGGCCCAUUAGUGAGCACUUUGCGAUAUGGUCAGCUCGACUGGGUUCGCGGCCAGAUGCAACGACUCCAAAGAAUAUAUGGCUUACCAGCUAAUGGAACCCCUGAAUGGAAAUACCCCCUGAGGACCAUCGGUACAGGGGCUGGCCAUAAAGAGGUCCUCAAGGAGACCUUUUGGAAUCGUCAGCUUUGGCAAGUAUGAGGGUUGAAAGAAGCCGGCAAUCACAAAAUGAAGCAAUGCCAGCAAUUCACAUGGCUGCGACAGCAGAAACUUGUGACCGGCACCCUCGGCCGCCUCAUGACAGAACGCGAACGGUUGCCACUGCAAUC